AUGUGUAGUAAAGAAGCUCACACAACCACAUAUUUACUAAAUAUAUUACCAACAUCUAAAAAUUCAAGUAAGAUAAUAACAGAAUUUUGGAAUGAUUAUAAACCAAAUUUAUCAAACAUUUCUAUUUUUGGGUGUUUUGCGUUUGCUCACAUACUUAAGCAAUUUAGAAGUAAAUUAGAUUCUAAAUCAAGAAAAAGUGUUAUGGUUGGUUUUGCUAAAUUUGGUUAUAGAUUAUGGGAUCCUGAAACCAGAAGUAGGUUGUGAUGUAAUUUUUAAUGAAAACAGAAUGCAAGAUAAUCAAAAUAUCUGAAGUAAAUAUAAGAGAAGAUGAAUCUGAAAAAGAAGAAAAUGAUAGAGAAGAUGAGCAUAAAGAAGAGACCAAAGAUAUCACCAUGAAGAUAAGAAGACGGGAAGAUAACAAAAGUACACGACCUAAAAGAAAAGUAACAACUAAAAAAUUUUAAAGAUUAUUAUAUGGCAAUGUUAGCUUUAUCAGCAGAAAAUUAUAAACAAAAUUUAUCCUAAGAUGUUGAUGAAGUUCAAGUUCUCCCAGAUAAAAAUUGUUGGAAGAAAGUAAUGCAAGAAGAAAUGGACGCUUUAAUAGAGAACAAUACAUGGUCACUGGUUCCAAAACCCCAAAAUAAAUGGACAUUCAAAUUAAAGUUGGAUGAAGAAUCCAUUAAGAUACAAAGCUAG